GUUGGCUGGUCGCUUUCGCUGCCGGUCUCAGUGAAAUCAUACAAUUAAUCAAAUACAGUGAUCGGAACCAACUUUCCAUGUUUACGAGUGAUUGUUAUUGGAUUAUCUAGUUCACUUCACCGAUCAGCUGAUUUCAUCAGAUAUCGAACGAGUGUGUACGAACUAGUAGCGCUCUCUGUCGGUGCUCGGCGGAGUGAAUCGUGCGGGACGCGCGGGGCAGGGACUUCCUCCCCCUACUUCAGUUUGGCUGCGAGUCUGAGAGGGCAGGACGUGUUGCUGCGCGCCGCGGAAAAGGAUCGUUCGCGCGGCAACUUUGAACAUUGACAGUGCUCUGAAAGUGUGUGACGGAUAAUGUGUACCGGAUUGCAGUGCGCAAAAAUUUGGAUGCAGUGCUAAAAUUGGAUCACAGUAACUGGAUUGCAGUGUUUUUUUGGAUUUGGAUUUUUCAAAACACCUUUCAAACUGGGGAUGCACAAGAUGGAGCUCGGCGACAGUGUGUACGCCGCUGAGCGCAUCAUGAAGAAGAGAAUUAGAAAGAACAAAGUGGAGUACUACGUGAAAUGGAAAGGGUGGAAGCCGAAGCACAACACCUGGGAACCGGAGGAGAACAUCCUCGACCCCCGGCUCAUACAAAGUUUCGAACGCGGCGAGGACUUGAGGCGUCAAGGACGCAAGCGGGAGCGGGAUCACUCCCCGGUCGAGCGCGCGCGGAGCGGCUCCGAGGAGCGCCACCCGCCGCCCGGCAAGCGCAAGGCCGAGGUGCUGUCCCGGGAGUCGGGCAAGAUCGGCGUCACCAUAACCAUGAGUCCUCCGGCGAAGAGGCACGAUAGCAGCAAGUUGAACGGCUCACGAACGCCGCACGUUAUUCUUCCUCCGCCGCCGGCCGCGCCGCCCGGCGGGGCCGCCGCGCCCGCCUCCCCCGCCGCGGAAGCCGCCGCGCCCCGGUCCGGUCCUAGACGAGCCCCUCACUCGCCGGAGGAGGCCGACGCUCAUAUUCCCCCAGAAAGAGAAAGACGCACCGACUCCCAGCCGACUGCGACAGCGCCCGCGGAGCCGAAAGGCGCCCGACCACCACCCCCGACGAGUCAACCCGAAGACGAAGAUUCCUGGGGCGAAGCGCCGCUCGCGGUGCCUCCCCCGCCGCCGCAGCCCGCUCGCCGAGGAGCCUCGUACUGGCUGGCGCGCUCGCCCGUCGCCGACCAGAUCUUCAUCACCGACGUGACCGUGAACCUCCAGACCGUCACCAUCAGAGAGUGCCGCACGGAGAAGGGUUUCUUCAGAUCUCGAGAGCCCCGACCAAACGACGUGACGUAAACCCCGUUGAUACACACUUUGGACGUUGUUGUACAGAUGUAGAUAGCUAGGUAUUUAUUUAGUUCACUUUGGUGAUGUCAUGAUGUGUUAAGACCUAGAAGUGAAACCUGAAUUCCUCAUUCAUAAUAUAGGCCUAAAUGAUGAGUAGGUAGUGAACUGAUGUCGGUGCGAUAGACGCUAGUUGAAGAUACUUAUUACCUGUCAAGAGAAUCGCCAUGUUUUGGUAAUACAAAGAUGUCUUUUGUCAAUUGUUAUAAAAUAAGAAGUCCUAUAUUAUUUGUUGAAAUUGUAGAUAAUAAAAUAGCCAGUAUUUGCGACUGGUGAGUGAACGCUAUUUGAAGUGUGCAUGGCCGACCAUAGGCAUGGGUGGCCUGUGUUUAUUGAAUACAAACUAUUGUUGAUAGAAGAAGUUACAUUAUUAGGUACAGGGUCAGUUUUUUAUCCGCAGUUAACUCAACUGAUAGUCUUUUGUAACCAAUGGUUAAAUGUAAACUUCAGUAACAUAAAAAAAAAACAACUUAAAUAUUAAAUUGCAUAAAAAUGCAAUUUGCUGAUCAUUUAACCACUAGUUAUAAAACAUUGGUAGAGUUGACUAUGGAUCAAAAAACCGAUCCUAAAAGGACAUAAUAAAAUAUUAUUUAAGUGAGUAAAUAAUUAAUUUAACGUAUGGAAUGUACCUAAUAACUAAAUAUGUACACAAUUAUUUUUCUACAUAACUACUUACAACAAAUAUUGCUUCCGUUAGAAUUAAUUUAAUAAACCUUUUAAUGAGAGUUGGUCUGUAUUCAAUGUGACAUUUAUAAUUUGUGAAUCUCUAGUUUUAUCUCUCCAUUUAAUUAUUUUACUCAUAACUUUAUUAUUUUUACACAAAAUGUAACUCUCUAGUGAUUGUUUACAUUUAAUUUUGUUUUAAUUCAUUGUUGUUGUUAUUUAUUUGAAAUUAUUUAAAAGUCCGAUAAUAUCCUCAUUAUAUGAAUUAUUCUUAAAUGUUAGACGCAAGCAUAAAUAUUUAUUUUAUAACAUGCAAUAACCGUGUAAUUUAAAGCAAAUAAUGUUUUAAAUGAGGAGUUAGUUAUUUAUAAUUAUAAUUAAUAGUUAUAAUUAUAAUCAACAAUAAUAGUAAUUAAUAAGAUCCAAUCUACCAAAACUAACUCCUUUUAAUAUUUCGUACACCGAUUGAUAUAAUACAAACAAUAGAACAUUAAUUACAAUGUACCUAGACUAAUAUUAUUUUUGGUAAUAAAAUUAGGUGUUGAUAGUUUAUAAAAUGAACUGCUUGUUUUCUGUACAUUGAUUGUGUAUUGAUUAAGUUAUUGACUUAGCUGUACGGCACCCGAUCCGAACGCUGAUUUUUGUGUUCCUUGAUUUUAUUGUUAUUUAGUUCCUGUAGUUAAGAACCGUGAUUAUUUUGUUCCGAUGAGUGUAGCCGAGUUAUUUUUACUUUUGCAUUUCUGAUGGAUGGUAAUGUGUAAAUAUUGUAAAUAAAUAUUUUUAGAAUGUAGAGCACUCGUUUUAUAAUGUGAUAAGUCUUCUCACAUUGUAGUCUGUAAAUAAAUGAGAAUGAAUUA